AUGGAACAAAGCGGACGCAUAGCGUGGAUUGAACGAUGGCGAUGUGUCGCCUACAUGUUGGCUUUCGUAACGUUUUGGAGCGAAGCUUCGGCUCAGAUCAGAUAUUCCAUUUCCGAAGAGAUGAAAGAAGGAAGUGUUGUUGGAAACAUUGCAAAAGACUUAGGAAUUGAUAAGGUUACGCUGAAAGAUAGAGCAUAUCGUAUUGUUGGCAGUUCAACGGAACCUCUUUUUCGUUUGAAUAAGGACGACGGUGUCCUGUAUGUCAGUAGGAAAGUGGACAGGGAAGAGAUCUGUGAACGAAGCAACGCGUGCAUAAUUAACCUUAAAACCGUGCUCGAAAAUCCUCUGGAAAUCCAUUACGUGGCCAUAGAGGUGCUGGAUGUAAACGACCACUCCCCUGUCUUUUCGGAGAAAGAGAAGCGACUGGAGAUAUUUGAAUCAACGUUACCGGGAGCACGAUUCCAGCUCCAACCUGCACGCGACCCUGAUGGUGGUCAGUUUACUGUUCAGCAUUAUACACUCAGCCACAAUGACCACUUUCGUUUGGAAGUUAAGGAGCGGGGCGAAGACCGUAAGAUGCCCUUUCUGAUAUUAAAGAAGCAGUUAGACAGAGAGGCUUUGAGAGAGCACAGGCUUCUGCUCACUGCUAUUGACGGUGGGAAGCCGGCGAGGUCUGGAACAAUAGAAAUACUAAUUGAGGUGCUUGAUGUUAAUGACAAUUCACCCGUUUUUACAAAAGAUGUAUAUUCUGCUAUCUUAAAAGAAAACGCAGCCCCUGGUACCUUAGUUAUUCAGGUUAAUGCUACUGAUUUGGAUGAGGGCGCGAACAGUGAAAUUGUUUACUCAUUUGGUAAAGAAGUGGAAAUACAUUUACAAAAACUGUUUAGCAUAAACCCAGUGACGGGCAAAAUUAAUGUGACCGGUGUGAUGGAUUUUGAAGAAAAUGAAAGCUAUGAAAUUGAUAUACAAGCUUCAGAUAAGGGAACUAUCCCUAUGUCCACAUACAAAACGGUGAUAAUAAAGGUUAUCGACCUUAACGAUAAUCCCCCAGAGAUUGAAGUCACUUCAUUUUCCAAAUCAGUUAGCGAAGAUUCUAAAAUUGGAACAACUGUAGCUUUAAUCAGUGUUAAUGAUUUGGAUUCUGGCCCCAAUGGUCAGGUUUCCUGCUUUAUACGUGAGGACGUUCCUUUCGCUGUAUCUCCAUCCUUGCAAGAUAAUAUGUACGCGUUAGUGACCGAAUCACGACUAGACAGAGAAGAAACGUAUUUAUAUGAAAUUACAAUUGUUGCAAAGGACACGGGUGAACCAUCGCUCUCAUCGGAAAAGACAAUACGUGUUGUUGUAUCAGACGUGAACGAUAACAGACCACAGUUUUCACUGAGCCCAUACACGUUCUAUAUUACUGAAAACAAUGACCUAGUAGCACCCGUUUUUUCAGUUAGAGCGUCUGACCUUGAUGAUAGUGAUAAUGCGCAUAUUUCAUAUCACAUUCCGAGGGCUAGCAGUGGAAAUAAUGUCGGUCUGUUUUUAAAUAUCAACACUGAAAGUGGAGAUAUUUUGGCUCUAAAAAGUUUUGACUUUGAAACCCUGAAAACGUUCCAUUUCCAAGUUGUCGCCUCAGAUUCUGGAACUCCACCACUAAGCAGCAACGUCACAGUGAACGUGUUCAUUCUGGAUCAGAACGACAACGCUCCAGUCAUCCUGUAUCCAGUCAGCUCGAACGGUUCUGCUGAAGGUGUGGAGGAGGUUCCCCGCAAUGUGAACGCAGGACACUUGGUGACUAAAGUCAGAGCCUAUGACGCUGAUAUAGGAUAUAACGGCUGGCUGCUGUUUUCACUGCAGGAAGUUACUGACCACAGUCUCUUUGGGUUGGACCGCUAUACAGGACAGAUCAGAACACUUCGCUCAUUCACAGAGACAGACGAGGCGGAGCAUAAACUGGUCAUACUGGUGAAAGACAAUGGGAACGUGUCACUCUCAGCAACAGCGACUGUGGUUGUCAAAGUUGUGGAGCCCAAAGAGGCUUUUGCUGCUUCUGAUGUUAAAAGUGCAACAAAGGAUGAGGAGGAUAAUAAUGUGACUUUUUACCUGAUGAUAACUUUGGGCUCAGUUUCAACUCUUUUUCUCAUCAGUAUCAUCGUGCUGAUUGCAAUGCAGUGCUCUAAAUCCACAGACUACACUUCUAAAUAUCUACAAGAGACUAAUUAUGACGGGACCCUGUGUCACAGCAUCCAGUACAGAUCUGGAGAGAAACGCUACAUGUUAGUUGGACCCAGAAUGAGUAUAGGAUCUACUAUAGUCCCGGGCAGCCACGCGAACACACUCGUGCUCCCUGACAGGAGACAUACAUCUGGAGAGGUAAGCUAA